AUGGGUGCUGCUUUGGGUUACUUAUUCACAGAACCUGGAGGAGAUAAUCCGCCACUUCAUUCCAAUGUACUACCACUAAUCACAGAUGAAAACAUUGGCGAAUAUCUGAUGGCUUUAGAGUUAGAAUCUGGAUUAAGUCAACUCUCUCUUGGUGGCUCAGAAAACUUUCAUGGUUCCUCAGAAGUGGAUUUCGAAAAUAGCUGUCCAAAAUUGGUCUACAACGAAGAUCGUGUUACACGUAAUAUGGGCGAAUGUUGUAUUUGCCUUUGCGAUUUGGAUGUUGGCGAUUUAAUCGCUCGUUUGCCAUGUUUGUGCAUCUUUCACAAAGAAUGUAUUGACCUUUGGAUAAAGAAACGUCCCGUGUGUCCGCAUCAUCCGAAUUUCGUGAAUGAAAACUGA